CGGGGUGGAGUAGUUGGAGAUUGGCAGACCGCCGAACGCCCAGCGGACGCCAUGGGUUGUUGUUACAGCAGCGAGAACGAGACCACCGAGCAGGACCCUGAUGAGCGUAAGCCGCUGAUCCCCCACCCGAACCCCGACAGCAAGCCCCUCAACGGCACAGAAUGGAGCUCCGCCAGUGUACCCUCAGCCCGCACAGACGAACAGGCCUUACUCACAUCCAUCCUUACCAAGACAGCCCUGAACAUCAUCGAUGUCUCGGCGGCAGACUCUCAAGGCAUGGAGCAGCAUGAGUACAUGGACAAAGCUCGGCAAUACAGUACAAAACUGGCCUUGUUGAGUAACAGUCUGUCUCAGAAGAAGCCCCUCCCUCUCCCUUCCCUUACCAGCCAGCCGCACCAAGUGCUCGCUAGUGAUCUGUUGCCAGACUCGGAUGUACAACAGGUGUCCAAGAUAGCUGCCUAUGCUUACAGUGCAAUCUCUCAGAUCAAGGUGGAUGCUAAAGAAGAGCUAGUGGUUCAAUUUGCCAUCCCCUGAUCUACCCUCUGGCCGCCAUAAUACUCAUCCCGUCCCGUCCCGUCCCCCAUGCCCACAAUGCAUCUAUGAUUACCAGUCCCUGUGCUUCCCAGCUAUGCCACUAGCAACCUGCUGCUCCAGUUGAGGACUAUGACAACAAGGCCUCCCCUGCUGAAAAGGUUAUCCAACCUUGCCCUGCACUCCUCAGAACCACCUUUCAAAGCCACCAUUCAUCCUUCCUUCACCAGCCGUCAAGGAAUUUUUUUACUCUCAAAUGGUAGUAUAACGAUAAUGGUGUUAGGGCAGUUUUUUUGUAAUUUUAAAGUUUAUUGUUUGAAGAGUGACUGAGUCUGAUUUAAUGAAUAAACGGUUAGCUAGCUGCGCGGCAUGGCUAGGCUGCUGGUGGCGUUAGCUCUGGCUGUGAGUUUCAGGAGUAGCUAGCCUCGUCUGAUAUGCAGCUACGGUAAUAUUCUAACUAACUAACUACAGCUAGGAAAAGAGGGUAAUUAAGCAUGUCCAAAUGUAGCACAGUAACAGGACAAAAAAAGAUGUCCACAGCCAGCCAACCCACUAGUCAGCAUGGGGAUGCUGUUGUUCUGACACUGUGUGGACCCGUCACCCAGAACACACAUCCCACCCCUCAUGUCUCAUGUCAGUAUGAAAAAUGUAUGCACUUACUAACUGUAA